UGUUUGAAAUGCAAGCCAGAAGUUGUCUGGAUAGUUAUUUAAUGAGUGCACCUUCCGUCUGUGUUGGUGGCGCGUUCAAGAAGGAAAAACAGAGACGUGGACCGUAGAGACGGGAAUAUCUAGGGACGUAUUUUUAGGCCGACUAUUGGCAAGGUGACAAAAACGGACGGGCUAAUAUUAGCGAGACUGGCCGUGCAUCCCGUAAUCCCAAUAGAGAGGGAAAAAGAUGAGAUCGGUGUGCGUGCCGAUGGCUUGCGGUGGUCCACGUUGAAGAACAAUAUUUCGUUCGAAGAAGACCCGUGCAAAAGAAAGAAAGAACACCAGCAGAAGAGAAUCUCGCGGUUCAUCCGACCGGCCGGAAGUUACGUUGCGUCGCAGAGGAAUUCGCAACAGAAGUGAAGAAUGAACAACAAAAAGAAUGAGACCAAAUGGCAGCCAAUGGCAAUCUCGAAUCCUUCAACUCGAUUAAGGAUGGCGAGGAACAUGCCGCAAUGGGUGAAUAAAACUGGUGGAGGUCCUCCACCUCCGCCUGUACCAGACGAUAGGACGAAAUCUCUUUCGAGAUCGUCGAAGAAAUAUCAGCAAUCCAACGAUCCUGAUUACGAAGUCAUCGAUUUCGGUCAGCAGUACUGCAACGCGCCACCGCUUCCAGCAAAGAACGGCACUCAUACCAACAAGGGUGAUGGAAAGCACUGCGAGCUCUGCGGAUCUUCAAUCCCUUCGGUCAGGUGCGAGCAAUGCGUGCAGAUCUUCUGUCUGUCCUGCGAUGAUAUGUUCCAUCGUCAUCCGAAGAGGACCAAACACAUCAGGAGGACCAUCGACGUUCAUCGGCAGCCCCUUCGACCGCCUCUUCCCCCGAAAGGAGAACCCCCGGCGCCUCCGCCCGUGCCACCCCCGAGAAGACGUCGCGCCGGUUCGGUAGGCCCGAGCCCUUGUCCCAGCCCAACGCCGACACGUGCCUCCAGCCAGGUGAGCUCCACCCUUCCGCGAAAGGAUGGAAGCUUCUCGACCAUCAAAGACAAGAUGGGCAGUUUGAAGCGCAUGAUGACCAGACCUUUACCACCGACGCCGACAGGAAGAGAUUUACCUAGUCCGUCACUUCAGCAGCGCUACAAACAGCACCAGGAGUUCAUGCGAGGCACGUCUCCAAACAUACCGUUAGCCGUAUCAGAUGGAUCCAGGGGUUCGAGCACUGGAUAUCCGGAAUGGGAAGAAUGGAGUCCUAGAGGAAGAUCAGGAAGCAUCUCCAGCGCCGACCAGCUGAAACCCUUGCGGAAACUGAGCAACACUUCUUGUCCGGGUGGUGGUAUGAUCAAUAGCGCUUCCGUUAUGGAUUUGAAUAACCACCACCUUCAUCACCAGAUGCCCGCUUUUAAUCCAAUGCAUCAGUCGAUGGCGCAAUUGAAUUAUUGCUACCCGCAAGGUCCGCCGCCGCAGAUGUGGAUGGACCAAUUCGCUAUGCAGCAAAACGGAAGUAACAUGAGCUUAAACAUGCCCGGAUAUCCGAUGAACCCGAUGUGGAUGGGCACCUGGCACGGUCCGAACAUGUACCCGUAUCCUGGUCCGCAGAUGAUGCCACCACCACAUCCGCACGCUUCCCGGCCCGCCUCGCCGACGCACAGCGUCAAAUCCAGAAAGUCUCACAUGAGCAGGAAGAGCAGACUCAAGUAUAGCGACGAGGAAGAGGAGGAAUCGGACUUUGACGAUCGCCGUUCGAUGUUCAGCGAUCGCAAGUCCGGAAGAUUCGAACGUUCGCGCACCACGUCCAUACCCCGGGAAAUGUCUUCACGUCGAAGCACCGCGGAUAAGUCGGAAAGGGGAAAAAUCAACAGGAGAAGCAUCAGGGAGGAUUCGAGCAGCGAGAGCAGCGUCGAAGAGGAACCGCCGAAGAUGCCGUCGAAGACGGCGCCGAAGCCUAGCGGUAAUUGGGAAUGCGAGCACUGCACCUACGUGAACGAAGCGAACACCAAGGUGUGCCUCGUUUGCUGUAAAACUGCAUCAAAAGUCCCCGAAGAAGAAUCGGAACCGGAACAAAAGAUCACCAAAUCGAAGAAGUCGGAGAGAAGCAACAGGUCGAGUGACGACUACUCGAAGGACUACAGUGAAACGGAGUCGAUGCUGAAUCGCGUCGGCAAAUUGAAACUGGAAGUGCAAGAGAAGCAACAUCAGCAGCAGCAGACGCAGCAACAACAGAAGGGUGUUGAGGCGAAGAAAGCGGAAACUGAUGCGGCAACUGAAGAAGUGCCUCAGCCUAGUGUUACUAAAAGUGCUGAAGUAGUUGUGGUGCAUAAAACGAGUGUAGCGGUGGGCUGUUCACCGCCCAGGGAAAUUAUUAGUGACAUUAGCAGUGAAACCGUAAAGAUCAGUGAAGAAAAACAGUGCGAGAAAAAGAUCAGUGCUUCGACUGGAACAUCGCCACCGCCCCAGAACAUGUCGACACAAACAUACGAAGAUGUCCAGACUUUGGUGGAGCCAAAAAAGGCGGGCAGAUCGAGCCGAAAAUUCCGUGCGAAUCGCAAAAAGGAGCUACAGCGUUCCAACUCUUUGCACAACACGCUUUCGCCCUCUGAAAACGAAUGGAAUUUCACUAGAUCUUUGAGCAAACAUUCGUUGUCCACAGAUGAUUACCAGAGUCUGCCAGGUUCUCCGCCGAGGGAGCAAAGUCCCGACUCUUACGUCCAGGAGGAUUAUUACGAACGGGAUCCGAGAAUGGCUAAGAUCGGAAACCGAUCUUACUACAGCAUAAUGGAUCUGAGGAGGCCCGAAUUGUACCGCAGACAGAGUCACGAUUUCGGAUACAGGAAUUCCCCUUUGAUGCGCAACAAGUCCGAAUCGUUUUAUCUCGAAAAGGAGCCCUUCCAUCACGAAACAGUCAAAUCUCAAGGAUUGGAGCUAGUUAAACUGCUUAGGGAAGCAGAACAGCAUAAAUACACUGCUGAUGAAGUGCAGGCGGCUUUGGCCCACUGCAAGGAUGACAACCCUAUUGAUUGGUUGAAGCUGAAUUGGUCUGCAACGGUGACCAGCGUUCAAACUUUGGCCAGCCAAUUGGGAAGGGAAGGACCAAUUAAUAUCAUUGGAACAGUUUCGGAAACGGAAGCAAGAGAUGCUUUGCGCAAACACAAGGGGAACGUGUGGGAUGCCGUCCACGAAUGCGUCGAUCAACGCCAAAGAAAGUACGGCGAACUCGCUUCAAAAGGAGACUUUAGUCGCGAGGAUAUUGUGACGGUAUUAACUGCCCACCACGGCGAUAUUGAGGCUGCGUAUCUUGAGCUAAGCAAGACGCAAUUGAAGCCUUUUCUCAUGAGGAUUUAUGGGCCUCCUGCUACUGGUAAUGAUAACGAGGCUGGGGCUCCGCUUCCUAUAAUUAAGGGGGAAGAGGUUGUAAGUAAGAAAGAUUCACCACAAGCGGAAAUAGCAAAAGCGGUGAGUCCAAAAUCUAAUCAAAUCCCGACAGGUAUCGAGGACGAACCUCAACCCCUUCUCGAACCAACAAUUACAGAAUUCCCUGCAGAAACGGUGAAGCAAAAUGUUGCCAUUAAUACAACGAAUCACUCAAAACCUAAUCCAGAGCACGAACAGCCGGAAUUUGAAGAGAAACCUUCAUCGCCCGAACCCGAAACUUCGAUCGAAUCAAGAACCGAAUCGCCUGUGCAUCAGAACGAUGCUAUUGAAAGCGAAAGAUCUGAGGGCGUGUUCCAGCGUAUGUUCAAAACCUUCCAAAACAUCGCGACGAACAGUUUUCAGUCCUCGCAACAGCAACGCAAUGAGGAGUUAGACGUAAGUAAUUCAUACCCUGAAAGCAACUCAUUCCAUCAUCACACGAACGACGAAGAAGAGGACGUCCUCAAUAUGGACAUGGACCAGGUAGAAUCUCUGGUCAUGGAGAACCUCGAGUUAGUCAACAGUUUGCCGAUGCCUCCAGAAGCAGAAGAGCAUCUAGAGAUUGAUCACAGUGAAGUCUCCAUUAAAGUACCAGAAGAGCAACUCCAAAUUGAUCAAGUUCAGGCAAUGGAAAAACCUAUUACUGAUGAAGUUUCUGCAACGACAUCGACCGGUGAAGAACAAGGAAACAGUCUGACGGUUGAGAAGAGAGUUAAGGAAAAUUUGGAGAAAAGCAGCACGGUUAUACGGGUAACGGAAAAAGGGAACGAGUAUCAAAUGAAGGAAGAAAAUAGUGAUAGCGAGACGGAAUCCAGCUCUGAUUUCGAAGAUGCGCCAGGCGACAAUUCGAACUCACAUUUAGAACUUGAUUCGCGACUGAAAGUUUACCGAGAGGAAGUUAAAAUUGUUGAAGCUCCGAAGGUCAGCACUUUGAGCAUCGUCUUGAAGAGCAGUGUCAGGGAAACUGCGUCGAUUUCAGAGGAGAAGAUAAUUAUUGAACCUGAGCAGCAUAAAACGCAUCAAGAACAUGUUGCUCCAGAAAAUAAUGAUACCGAAAAAACAAACACGAAAGAUGUGGAAAUAAUUACGACUGUUGAUGAAGACAAACCUAAGAAGCGUAAGAAAUCGAAUUCAACGAAAGCGUCUACUUCUGAAAGUACAAAUUAUCAAUUAAAAGAUAACGACGAUUCCAUAAUCAAAGAAACACCUAAAUCUAAUAGUAUUAAACACAGAAAAUCAUCGCAUAUAUCAGAGACAUCUUUGCAAAUUGAAGAUACUUCAUCACCUAAAGUAAUUUUGGUUGAAUCAAUUAAACGCGAUAAAUCAAAUAUGAUAAAAGAAUCUGCAGCAAAUAACAUUAAACAAAGCUCAAAUUCCGAAAGUGAAGUUUCUUCGUCGCAGAUUGAAGUCAGCGAUUCUUCCGAAAGUGAACAAUCAUCAUCGCAGUUUCAAGGAACGUCGGUGUCUGAAAGUGAGCGAUCUUCAUCGCAAUUUGAAGAAUGCAACAGUCCGAAAAACUCUAUCACGCAAAAUGAUUCAUCCAAUGUAAAAAUAACCAAUUCUCAAGAAAUAGAAUCGUCGACAUUUUCUGAAAAGACUACUCAGGACUCAAAUGUAAUUAUAGAUAAUCCCAAAGAAGCAGAGAAUUCCUCGAGUUCUCAAGAAAAUUUAACCAAAACUCAGAGACGGAAAAAUCGUAGGGCUAAAGCGAAGCAAGCGCAAUUAAAUCAGCAGAAUUCUUUAGAAAGUUCGGAACAAUCGGAUCAAAAAGUUGGGUCAAUUGAAACCAAGGAAGAAAUUAACAUUGCUUUAACGAAUCACGUGAACUCGAUUCCAGUGCAAGAAAAGUUGAGUUUAGAAACGAAGACCGCCGAAAUUGCAAUAGCUUCAACUUCAACAAAUCACGUUAUAACUAACACCACGAAGGAAAUUUUGAGGCAAAAUUCGUCGGAGUCGCAAAGCUCUUCCAGCGGCGAAAAGCGUAAUAAUAGAAAGAGAAGGAGACGGAAGAAGAAUGGUAAGCAAGCGGUUAUUGUGAACGAGCCCGAAAAAAAUAAAAUUAAACAGGAAGAAAGUAUAACUUUGGAAGAAGUUGAGAAGACAAACAUCGCUCAGACACUAAAUGGUAAAGAAAAAGUUGAAGUGGUAAUUAAAGAAGAUUUCGUGAUUUCUGAACAAGUUUCUGAGAACAACAGCUUUUCUGAGGUAGAAUCUGAUGAAAUUUGUGAAGUGGAAGUUAAAGAAAGUGGAAAUUCAAAUUUUGAAACAAAUAAUAUUGUUACUAACUCUAAUGGAAAUGUAAAAAAAUCACAGGAUAAUGAAGGUUUUGUUAAAGGCAAAAGUAAGGAAAUGAAACGCAAUAAGCGUGUGCAAAAUAUUAAUUCAACAGAUGUUUCAGAAAUUGGAAAUGAUAAUAAACCUACAAAUAUUAAACAAAAUGGAAUAUGUGAAAAUUCUAUAAAUAAAAAGAAAGAAAAUGGUAUAGAUAAUAAUCAGAACGUAUCCACUUCUAAGAAUACUAUAGAAAUAGUGAAUGUUGCUGCAGCUUCAAAUGAAGUUCCAAAUGGAAUUGAAGAUAAUUUAGCUAAGACGGAAAUUGUUACGGAUUUAUUAGAAGAAAAUAGCAGUUCUAAAAGAGUCCAAGAAUCUAAAGUCACGAGUAAAGGGAAAGGAAAGAAUCGUAAUAAGAAGCAAAAUAAUGUUGAGGAAUUGUCUGUAACAAAUGAGUCUUCAUUAAAUGAAGAAAACGUGGAAAGUGUUGAAAUCAUUAGUCAAACUAAAAUCGUUCCUACUACUCAAGAUGAAAAUGAAACAGGGAAAAGAGUGAAAGGUUCGAAAGUAAAAUCUAAUAAUAAGGCUGAAGAUGUAGAAAUACAUACUGAAUGUGUUGUAGCUUCCAGCAUUGAGAUGACAAAUGGAAAUCUAGAAAUUAAAGAAAAUGUUAUACAAACUGAAGUUAAUGAAAUGCAAGCACCUGUUAUUGUUUCCAGUGAAGGAAAGAAAUCUGUCGAAACUAAAGAAAAAGGUAAACAAAAUAAGAAGAGGAAUUCUGAAAUUUUAAAUGUUAAUAAAAGUUCUGAGAGUGCUACAAAAUCUAAUUCAUCUAAUGAACAAAGAAAAACCAAAGAAGUAAAAUCUAAGGAAAUCUCUUCGUCUGCUUCGUGCAGUAAAAGUGAUUCAUCUAAUAAUAGUUCUGAAAGUACAAAGAAGUUAAAGAAACAAGACAAUUUUGAUGCAAUCCCAAAUAAGAAACUUCUGUCAUCUACGUCCGAGGAAUCCGAGGAUUUAGAAGAAGCAACUAACAAAAAUACAAGCAAAUUAGCGAACGGUGUCAGCACGAAGAGCGUAAAUAUUGUUACUCGGCCAUCGAAAAUACCAAUUUCCCGGCAGAGAAAUGUUAACAAAGAGCCGCUUGUUACUCCGAAGAUAUCGAAGAUUCCGAUAAGGAAAACCGUCAGUGUAGUUAACGUUUCGACGAACGAUUCAUCAACGUCCGAAGAAGAAUUGGUGAGCGCCUCAAGCGAAGACGCAAUGGUCACCAAGCACGGAGAAACCCAUCAGAUAGCUAAGGAUAUUCAGAAUUCUAUGGACACGAUUAAGAAGUUCACGAAGAUGAAUUCGAUGGACUCGACGACUAGUUCAAAACAACUCUCUUAUACGAAGUCGCUGGACAACGAUAGCGAUUCAUCUGUGUCAGAGAGUAAUCUGGAAGAGUUGCUUUCUGGGGAGAGUUCCGAAGAUUAUGAUGAUUUCGAGGAGGAAGACGAGAAUUAUGUUGAUGAUGGAAUGGGAGCCAGGUUACAGGAGCUGAGCGAGAAAGUCGUGCAGUUGACGACGGAGCUCGUGGAAAACAGUAUUAUCUACGAUGAAGAAGAAGAGGAUGAUGAUGAUGAGGAAUAUGAGGAGGAAGAGUACGAAAGCGGCGAUGAAGAUGAUAUAGUGGAUGAUAUAAUUGAGGAAGAGGAGGAAGAGAAAUUUGUGUUCACCGAACAGUUGACGGCCAAUUUGAAUGUCGAAAUUAGACAGCCCACAGAGAGAGAAGUGAUGGAGCGUCAAGCGCGAAGGUUGCUGGCCGAGGGUCAGGUGCAGACGUACGAGCAAGCCGAACUUGCGAUCAGUCUGCUCUCUUUGAAGUUCGAUUUGGAAGAGUCCCUAGAAGCGGUUCAAGGCUGCAGCACAUUGGAUUCCGCGUUGGCCUACCUGGAGCAGGAAUGCGAACUGUGCGCCGGGAAAUGUGCUAUGAGCAACAUGGUCUCGAUGCUGAAAUGCGUGCACAGCUGUUGCAAGGAAUGCGCGAAGAACUAUUUCACUAUCCAGAUCACGGACAGAAAUAUCAUGGAUUGCAUCUGCCCGUUCUGCAAGCAUCCUGAACUUUACAGCACAGAAAUAACCGAAGACGAAGUUUCCGAUUACUUCGGAAACUUGGAUAUACUGUUAAAGGGAAUCUUGGAUGAAGCUGUUCACGAGUUGUUCCAGAGGAAGCUCAGAGAUCGUUUCCUCUUGCAAGACCCGCACUUCAAGUGGUGCGUCCAGUGUUCCUCUGGAUUCAUAGCGAAUCCAAGGCAGAAGCGUUUGAUCUGCCCGGACUGCAGAUCGGUGACUUGCGCUAACUGCAGGAGACCUUGGGAAAAGCAGCAUGAGGGAAUCACCUGCGAAAAGUUUGCUGAAUGGAAGGAAGGCAACGAUCCGGAGAGCCAGGCGAGCGCCGUUCAAAAGCACUUGGCCGACAAUGGCAUCGACUGUCCCAAGUGCAAAUUCCGAUACUCUUUGGCAAGAGGCGGUUGCAUGCACUUCACCUGCACGCAAUGCAAGCACGAGUUCUGCUACGGUUGCUACAAGCCUUUCACGAUGGGCGCCAAGUGCGGCGUCAGUGAAUACUGCGGAAAAUUAGGACUGCACGCGCAUCAUCCAAGAAACUGCUUAUUUUACUUGCGAGACAAAGAACCCGAAGAAUUGCAACAUCUAUUGACCACAAAUAAGGUCAAAUUCGAUAAGGAAGGGCCCGGUGACAAAGAAGAGAAUGCAGUGGCGCUCCCCAAAUGUCCCAUACAAUUGCAGAAGGAAACUCCGGCCGGUCUUUUGGAUACAGUUUGUAACAACGAAGUUGUGACAGGUCACGCAGGACUAUGCAGGAAUCAUUACAUAGAGUACCUAUGUUUAUUAAUUAGGAAUAAUAGGAUAGAUCCGUUGCCUCUGUUGAAUGCGGAUGAUUUAGAGACUGUUGUUCGGAGGGCGGCUAGAAAACUGCCCCCGAACGCUUACGGAACACCUCGAGAAGUGUACAGGCAACGGCUUAGUCAGAUCAUCGUCGAACAUGUACCACUCGAGUGAAUAGAAGUCUUGAGGCGAUGGAACCCCCGAAAAAUUCAUGCACCGAUGAUGGACGCAUCGUCACCACGACCACGUUGCACCAGUUUCCACUACGCUCUUCCCAUAGUUUGUGGUUGAUAUACAGCUAAAAUUAAUAUUUUUUAUUUGAUUGCGGAAGAAACAGAAGAUGAUGUUUUAGUUCUUUUUUUAUAAAUUAUAA